AAGUAAAACUUUUUUUCAACCUAGAAUAUUAGUUUUUCAAAUCAAAAUUUGACAGUUUAGUUAUGAAGUGUUUAGACUUGGUGUUGUUGAUCGUUUUUUGUUGGAAGUCCUUACCAUUGGUGGAAUCAAACACAAGGAUAUGCACGCACUGUUGUGAUGAGGUUUAUCCAGGGAACGGAACACCUGUGUAUUUUAUGACUAAGGGACCUAAGGGAGAUCAGGGUGAAAUUGGAAUGACAGGCCCCCAGGGUGAAAAGGGGGUUCAGGGCAACCAAGGGGUCAAAGGUGAAAAGGGCGGGGUUGGGCCUCGGGGUGAAAAAGGGGACACAGGUGAGCCUGCCCCUAUUACCCCACAAUCUGCGUUUUCAGUUGCACGAAGCAAACCGUUAAUUGGAAACGAGACAACAGCGCAACCAUUGCUGUUUGAUAAGGUUUUUGUAAAUGUUGGGAAUCAGUUUCAUGAAAACAGUGGGCGUUUUAUCGCUGAGUUUGGGGGUGUUUACCAUUUCUCAUUCACCGUGCAGUCAUACCUUGAUAAAUUUGUUGGAAUACAACUUAUGAAGAAUCAACAACCUCAGGUGAUUAUCUAUGCAAAUGCAGUUCCCAGACGCAUUAUGCAGAGUCAGACAAUCAUGCUGAAUGUAAGCAAGGGGGAUGUACUGUGGUUGCGACAAGUACAGGGUGCCAGGUUUGCCAUCUAUGGGAACUCAGACAUGCAAAUCACUUUUUCUGGAUUUCUGCUCUACUCGGAAAAAUGAUAAAAAAAAUUCACCAAAAAUUUGUUGUGUUUUAAAAUUUUGCACCAUUUUGAUGCUCCGCCAAAAAUGCUUGUUUGCGAAGCUGUAUAUUUCUAUUUAAAAAUAUGAUAGUACAAAUUAAAUAAAAAACCUAACUAUGAACUUUUCUAAUAUGUUAUUUGUUUAACAAAGCUAAAAAAGACAUUUUUAAAAUAAUACAAAAAGUUAUCAGACUAGAACACAUUCCAUAGCCUACAAGCUCUUAAAAAAUUAAGAAUAAAAAAAUCUAUAA